AUGUUCAGGUCCAAACGCUCAGGGCUGGUGCGGCGACUUUGGAGGAGCCGCGUCAUUCCGGACAGGGACGGCGGAGAUGGGAGCGCCAGGAGCGGCCACGACCUGGGAGCUACCGGUAGCUGCAAGAUCCCGGAGAAGAACCCUUCGGCGGAGAUCCGGGCGGUAGCGCGCAGCCUGCUGCGGGAGGCGGAGGAGCAGCGGCGGGAGUCUCCACCACCUCCCUACUCUCGGCUGUCUCCUAAUGAUGAGCAAAAGCCACUGGAUCUAUCAGAUUCCACGUUGUCUUACACUGAAACAGAGGCUACAAACUCGCCCAACGUCACGCCCGGAGACUUCUCAGAUGCCAGUACGUCGCCCGAUGCCGUGAAGAGGAGCCAUUGGUGCAACGUGGCCUAUUGGGAGCACCGGACGCGCGUCGGCCGCCUCUACACAGUGUACGAACAGUCUGUCAGUAUAUUUUAUGACCUACCUCAAGGAAACGGCUUCUGCCUUGGACAGCUAAACCUGGAAAACAGGAGCGAGACUGUGAGAAGGACUCGAAGUAAAAUCGGCUACGGGAUUUUACUUAGCAAAGAACCGGACGGUGUGUGGGCUUACAACCGCAGCGAGCAUCCCAUCUUCGUCAACUCCCCGACACUGGACAUCCCCAACUGUAGGACUUUGAUAGUGCGCAAGGUGAUGCCGGGCUAUUCCAUCAAAGUGUUUGACUACGAGAAGUCCUGCCUCUUGCAGCACACGGCCGAUCUGGAUUACGCGGAUGGGCCCUACGACCCGAACAGCGUGCGGAUUAGCUUCGCCAAAGGCUGGGGGCCAUGUUACUCAAGACAGUUUAUCACAUCGUGUCCUUGUUGGCUGGAGAUCUUACUCAGUAACAAUCGAUAACGGUCAGCCUCUGACGAAAGGAAAAAGAAAAAAAAGACACAGACUAUCCCAAAUAUCAUCUACCUAGAUUUAAUAUAAAGUUUUAUAUAUUAUAUGAAAAUAUAUAUUAUACUUGUAAUUAUGGAGUCAUUUUUACAAUGUAAUUAUUUAUGUAUGGUGCAAUGUGUAUAUGGACAAAAAAACAGAAAAUGCACUUUGGCUUAUAUAAUUCUUUCAAUACAGAUUUUUUUAAAAAAGAAAAAUUAUACAGCAAAAAUAGGAGAAAGCCCUAAUUUUGAUGUAUGGUUUUUUGAAAUAUUAUUAAUACCCAGACAAAAAGCUAAUACCAGUCAUUCAUUGAUAAUAAAGUAUUCGC